AGCCUCCCUCCGUCCCCCGUGUAUAUAACCUCGUCCCAGCCCCGCUCUCCCUCUCAUCAACACAAGCAUCAAUCAGCCUUCAUCUCAGUUCAUUCACAGUCAGCCUUCAUCUUCAUCUCAGUCAUCACCUACUUCAGAGUUUCAUACCGCCAACACACAGAGAGAUCAUGGCGGGUGCGGCUAAGGCGUCUUGGAUGGUGGCGAUGAGCGUCGGCGCCGUGGAGGCGCUCAAGGAUCAGGCCGGCCUCUGCCGCUGGAACUACGCCCUCAGAUCCAUCCACCGGGCAGCCAAGGCCCGGGCCAACGUCCGUGGCGGCGUCUCGCAGGGCGCCAAGCAGCUUCCGGCCUCUGCUGCGUCGGUGGUGGAGAGGCGGCGUUGGGAGAAGGCCGAGGAGGGGCUGAGGACGGUGAUGUACCUCAGCUGUUGGGGACCAAAUUAGCAGCUGCAACUUAGUGCUAGCUAGGUGUGUGUGUGUGUGUGUGUGCUUGCUGCAACAACCAUGGCCUGAAACCACGGUGUAAAAGCUUGGUACUAGCUGGCUUCCCGUGGAAUCCCCCAUUGUAAAAACCACCAUGAUGAUGAUGACAAAUUUCAGUUACUUCAGUUCA